UCUGCGUCGUUUUGAGAUUUUGAACAAACGAAGUACAAUCUGCAAAACCCUAAACCUCUCUCUCUCUCUAAAAUCACAGAACCAAACCACACAUGAAACCUGGAGUUGCAGAAGAUCACAACGAAGAAUAGCGUGACACUCAACAUGCGAAAGAAGAUUCUCAUUUCAUGCUCCUCCUUCCGCUCCAUUCACAAUUUCACUCCCAAAUCCAAUCACCUGUUAUUUGAGGUUUGUGAUUCUGUUGGUUCAUCGAAGUUGCGGUGGCGUGGAUGGUCACAUGCUGCUUGUGUUCCUUCAGAGACUCCAGAUACUCGGAAAACCGGAAAGAGGGUACCGAAACAUGAACGUAGAGCUAUGGUGGAGUGUUUUGUGAACAAGUAUAGAUCAGAGAAUGCUGGAAAAUUCCCAGCAAUAAAGUAUACCCAGAAAGAAGUUGGUGGCGGUUAUUAUGUUAUUCGGGAAAUCAUUCAGGAACUAGAAUACAAGUCCAAAAUGAAAUCUUCAAACAGUAUGGGUGGGAUAUUAGUGGAAAAGCAAUUUGAUCAAAGUAAACGUAAAACCGCUAAAUCUGUGAAUGUUUCAUCUGGUAAUAUUGAGACUGCCAAAGACAGGCCUAUCCAAGAUGAUUCUCAUAUGGUACUUUUAGAUGGCGAAGAGACUGCUAACACUGGUUGUGAGCAUCUUGAAGAAAAGAGGGGGCUACAGACUUCUUCUUGGGAGGGAAGGUUGUCUAAUGAAGUUGAAAGUACCUCUACACCAAAGCAUUUUAAGGAGCCUUCAAGUCUCCUGAUGUCAGAUGAUGUUAAAACUGAGGAAGCUGUCUCUAGUUAUGCUGACUCUGUUUCAUCAGAAAGUCAGCUGUUACAAGAGGAAACAGAAAGCUUUUCUAUUCCAUCUAGAGAAAAUCAUGGUCAUGUUUAUGCCAAAAUUGGGGGACAUGAAUCUGAAAUGAUGGAUUUGGAAAGUCAUAAAAAAUUGGAGGAAAUAUGCGCUGAGAAAGAAAGUUAUGAGAGAAGGGAGCAUCUUGCCUUGGAAGACGUGUCUGGCGAGGCUUCCCAUUCUAGUGCUCAGGUGCCAAAUGAUGUCAAGAGUAUGAAAGCUGAUUCUAGUUGUCCUUCUGAUUAUGUUUCACCAGAAGAACACCUACUAAAAGAAGAAAUAGAAAAGGUUUCUGCUCCGCUAAAUGAAAAAUCUGGCAGCAAAGAUCAGACUCAUGACUUGAAGUUCCUUGAUAGAGAAAAUCAUCCAACAAUCGGGAUACAAAGUUUUGAGAAAGUGCAAUUUGAAAGAAAAGUGCAACAAGGCUUACAAGACCCUCCUGGUGUGGAUAGUCAAAAGCAUAAAAAGGAGCAAUCUCAAGUUUCUUCAGAAUUGGAUGAGUCAAAAAUUGGUAGCUCUAAUAAGAGGGAGACUAGUAGCGCCGCUGUUCCAAGGGAACCAACUUUGUGGGGAAAUCUGAAGUCAUUUGCAGAUGGCAUCAUAAAUAUCUGGAGAAAGUUAUGAAGCUUUGCGAAGUUAUAGGUUGCAACUUGCAAGAACUUCAGUCUUACUGUACAACUCCGACAGUAUGUGUAGGGUUCAUGAAAUGCACGACUCUUUUCAACCUAUCUUUACGUUGCAUUAUAUUCUCUUUCUUGCUAUCCUUCAAAUCCAGCCAAGUUUCUUCUGUGCUCCAGCUUGCUGCACAUUUUCGAAAUAGAAGACGUUUAUUCCAUUGCCUCCAUCAAGGGUAAUAUCCCAGUCCAGUAAAUUAGCUUCCCAUUGUAAAUGAUCUGUGUGAACAUUACAAAAGGAAAUUCAUGAUGUUGCUAUCUAGUACCCUACUCAAAUUGUGUUUAUGGUUUACAAUGCUAACAUAUGAGUUUAAGCAACUUAGAAGGAAGCUGUGAAGGGUGUAAAAUAGCCAAGGUCAGUCCUCACAUCUAUUUACGAUAUGGAGGCUUUUGCAUUUUGGAGAGCAUUAGAAUAAUAGAGUUCAAGAAUAUAACUGAUUUUCAAGGAAUGCAGUUUUCGUCCCUAGGAAACGAUUAGAGAAAUUGAAGAUGGUAGUUAUUUUUUUUGACAUUACAAUAAGUAUAAUGAUUACACAUCAUCCUAAUUAUAUGCUUUAUUCUGUGCAAACUUGCAAAGCUUGCACACUAUUUUUUGCGUCUAGCAAGUAGCACCUACUGUUAAUUAUUUUUGGGGUUAAAUCAAAAGUCUACAUAGAUGCUGAUAUGCUGCUUAUAUUCA